AUGGGGAAAUAUAGAAAGAGAUUCAAUGAGAAGGCCCGUGCUGGAAUGCUUGCCAAACAGGCAGCGCUAAAGCGUGUGCGGAAUAAACAGUUCAAUGUGACGGAUGCCACCACCAAUGAAGAUGAUGAUGAUGCUAACACCAACUUCUUUGGGGAGACGGAAAACCCCAAUUCAGAAAUACUUAAACCUAUGACUCAAGAGGAAAAGAGCAAACGGAAAAGAAAGAUGGAACAGCAGCUCUAUAGUGAGAACUCUAAGGAAACCAAAUUGUCCAAAGCCAAGAAGAAGAGGUUGGAUAAAUACAUUGAACAUCAAAUAAAGAGAGAAGAGAAGAAGGUACUCUUUGAAAAGUUGUCCAAGACUAAAGUUGAUACGUCUAUUUUAUCUUCUUCCAAGUUAUUAGGUGUUGGGAGACAAACGAGGAAGGAAGAGAUGAUUGAGGCACUUGAGCUUGAGAGGCAAGGUAGAGGAGACGAGAGAACUAAAGAGAUAUUGUAUGAAGAACGAGAAGUCAAAGAAUGGCCACCCGAAGGAAUAGACACCAGGAUGUCAUAUGAAAGCGAUGGUGAUGAAGAUGAAGAUGACGAUGACAAGUAUGGAGAGUUUAGUCAGAGUCAAACAACAUUUAUAGACCAUAGGCCUAGUAAGUUUGGAGGUACAGGGUCUGGAUUUACGUUUAGUAAUAUUACAAAGAAGGAGAAGAAGGAGUCUAAGAAGAAGUAUUCAUGGAGACUUCGUGUUGAGAAGGAAGACAAGAAGAAAUUGCAUAUGGAAGAGGAAAAGGAUUUUGAGUCCAGUGAAGAAGAGGAGGAUGAGGAAGAAGACCAUGACGACGAAGAACAAGAAGAAGAUGAGGCUGAAGAUGAUGAUGCUGAAGAUGAUUCUGAAGAAGAUUCUGAAGAAGGUGAGGAUGAAGAUUCUUAUGAAGACGAUAAAGAUUCUAUUGAAGACGAUGAAGAUUCUAUUGAAGACGAUGAAGAUUCUAUUGAAGAUGAAGACACUGACGACUCCGAAUCAGACGAUGAUCAACCUCGAUUACUUAAGAAUAAACCCAAACAUUCGUCAUUAGCAGAGUCUUUCAAACAAUGGGCUGAGAGUCAAAUCAAAGUCAUGGAAGGAAGAGAAAACACUCUGAUGCCUGAACUAUCGGAAAAGGUUAAGAAACAAUACCUGAAACAAACCGUUAGAGACGAAGACAUUGACCAUUCUUCAGAUGAAGAGAAUUAUAUUUCAAUUGACAAGACCUUAAAACGGAAUGCUUAUUAUGUUGACGUCUCGAGGUCUGAACAAGUUCAACAACAACGUAUAGGCUUACCAGUUUUCGGCGAGGAACACAGACUAAUGGAAGGAAUAUAUCAUCAUGAUUGUGUUGUUAUUUGUGGUGAAACUGGUUCCGGUAAAACCACCCAAGUCCCUCAAUUCUUAUAUGAAGCAGGAUUUGGUGGUCCUAAUCCCGAGUACCCGGGCAUGAUUGGAAUCACCCAACCCAGAAGAGUGGCUGCUGUCUCAAUGGCUUCCAGAGUUGGUAAUGAAUUGGGAAACCAUAAACAUCGAGUCGGGUAUCAAAUUCGAUUCGACACCACUGUGGAAAACGAAGGGAAACCUAACGGUACAGCGAUUAAGUUCAUGACUGAUGGUGUCUUGCUUAGAGAAAUGAUGACCGACUUAUUGUUGAAGAAGUACUCUGUUUUAAUAAUUGAUGAAGCCCAUGAACGGAACAUAAACACCGACAUUCUUAUUGGGAUGCUUUCCAGAGUCGUUAAGUUAAGAAGACAAUAUUAUCAGAAGGAUCCCAACACUUAUAAGCCAUUAAAGCUUAUCAUUAUGUCUGCCACUUUGAGAGUCUCUGAUUUCACUGAGAAUAAAGUGCUCUUUAAAUCACCACCUCCAGUGUUAAAAGUGGAAGCAAGACAGUAUCCCGUUAGCAUUCAUUUCAGUCGUCAUACAAAAUACGACUACAUUGAAGAGGCUUUUAAAAAGACUUGCAAGAUCCACAAACGAUUGCCUUCUGGUGGAAUCUUAAUCUUCAUGACAGGACAAAACGAGAUCACCACUUUGGUUAAAAAGUUAAGAGCAGAGUUCCCCUUUGCUACCAAGAAGAAGAACAAGUCAUUUGCCUAUGGCAACGGGAUGGAUAUCAAAGUAAAGAGUAACAUCAACAUUGAACCUGAGGCAGAAGAAGUUGACUUUAGUAUUGGUGAACAGACCUCAGUUAAUGAUAAUGAUAAUGACGUAGAUGAUUAUGAUUCUGACUCGGGAUCUGAAUCCGACGGUUUUGAAGAAUGUUUGGAUCCUGACCAAUCGGAAGACGAUCCCUUAUAUGUUCUUCCGCUUUACUCUCUCUUGCCCACCAAGGAACAAAUGAAGGUCUUCGAUGAGGCUCCAAAGGGAAGCAGAAUCUGUAUUGUUGCUACCAACGUUGCUGAAACCUCCUUGACUAUCCCAGGCAUACGAUAUGUGGUGGACUGUGGAAGACUGAAGGAGAGAAAGUAUAAUGAAGAGACUGGAGUCCAAUCAUUUGAGAUCGACUGGGUCUCCAAGGCAUCAGCUGAUCAAAGAGCUGGUAGAGCUGGUAGAACAGGACCUGGUCAUUGCUAUCGGUUGUUUUCAUCUGCUAUUUAUGAGCAAUACUUCCCUCAGUUUAGUAAACCCGAGAUUCUCAGAAUGCCUUUUGAAAGUGUGGUGUUAUCAAUGAAAAGUAUGGGCAUUGACAAUGUGGUUAACUUCCCCUUUCCUACUCCCCCAGCCAGAGAGUCUUUGGCUAAUGCGGAAAGAUUAUUGGUUAAUUUGGGUGCCGUAGAUGAUAAGGGACUUGUUACCGAAUUGGGUAAGUCGAUGGCCAUGUUCCCUCUUAGUCCAAGGUUUGCAAAGGUGUUGAUUAUUGGUAACCAAUUUGGAUGCUUACCUUAUAUCAUUUGCCUUAUGUCUGCUCUCUCUGUUGGAGAGUUGUUCCUUAAUGAAGUGGAGAUAGGAAUAGUGCACAAGACACAAGUAGAUGAUGAUGAAGAAUAUGACCACCAAAAUGAUGAAAGAAAUAAACAACUUAGAUCCAAAUUUUAUCAAUCUAAAGCUAUGUUUUCUAGGCUUGAUAAAUCCAGUGAUGCCUUUCAAUUGUUAUCGGCUAUAUGUGCAUAUGACCAUGUUCCGGAGAACAAAAGGAAGUCAUUUGUUGAUGAUAACUUUAUAAGAUUAAAGACGUUGGAGGAAAUCAUCAAGCUUCGUAGGCAACUAAGUUACAUCGUCAAGAUCUACACCAAGAAGGACUCAAUAGCACAAGAUGAUGAGGGGGAUGACGGCAUUAAACCAUUGGCUGUUCCCUCCAAGAAACAAAUCGUGGCCAUUAAACAAAUGUUGGCAGCUGGAUUUAUCGAUCAAGUGGCCAUUAGAGGAGACCUUGUUGAUUCAGAAGUAAGACUCGGGAAUAAAAUGAGCAUCGGUGCUAUUCCCUACAAGACAGUUAGCACUAGUGUUGAAUUUGGUGAUGGUGUUGAUCCCUUCGUUUAUAUUCAUCCAAGUUCCAUCCUUGUACAGCAAGGACAAGUACCUCCUUCGUAUUUGGUCUACCAAACAAUCAAUAGAGGAUCAUCUAAGAAGAAUGUUGAUGACGAAGGUGGAUCUGCUCAGCCCAUCAAACUUAAGAUAAAACCUUUGGUGGAUAUCUCUGGGAAAGCCCUUACUAAUGUGGGUAAGAACUCUUCAUUGGUCACAUAUUCCAAACCUUUGGGUCAUCCUUAUGCUCCAAAGAAUAUCACUCCUACUAAACGAGAGUGUUAUGUUAUUCCUAGAUUUGGUGCUUCUAUUGGUAAAGGUGGAGUGGGAUGGGAUUUACCAGUAGUGAAGAUGAUCCAAGUUAAGAAGGGGGGUCAAUGGGUGAACAGUUAG